AUGCUUCUGCGAGAAAUGGAUGGUGAUCCAUUCCAUCCCAUGCCCAACUAUGUGAGUAAAAAUAACAACGAUAUUUGUGGAAAGCGGGACCAGGGCAUGGCGAAGUCUGUAUUGUCCUUUGGUAGCCCGGAAGCUGCCUUUUCCCCUCACAAGUUUGACUACAGCCAGUCUUCCGCUUGUGCUUCUUAUACUGCUGAUCCAUAUUAUGGCGGGGUGUUGGCAGGAUAUGCUUCAAAUGGAAUUGUUCAUCCCCAAAUUAAUGGUUCAGCAAACACUAGGGUACCAUUGCCUUUUGGGCCUGCAGCAGAGGAACUCAUAUUUGUCAAUGCAAAGCAAUACAAUGCUAUCCUCCGGAGGAGGCAAAUACGCGCAAAAUUGGAGGCUCAAAAUAAACUGGUGAAAGGUCGGAAGCCAUAUCUCCAUGAAUCUCGGCAUCGUCAUGCAAUGAAGCGAGUCCGCGGACCAGGAGGCCGUUUCCUCAACAAAAAGGAGCUCCAGGAGCAGCAGCAGAAUUCUCUGCCUUCACUUCAGACUCCAACAUGCGGGGUCAGCAAAACGGCCUUCGGCAGGAACCUAUGCACUGAAGGCAGCACAUCUCACUCGCCUUCGACGAGCUCUGGGAUCUCGAGUGUUUCAAACGGGAGUGGCAUGCUGGCUCAUCAAGAGCACAUCAGCUUCGCAUCAGCUAACUUCCUCCCCAGCAUGAACUUCCGCGCGGAGAAUGGAGGUGAAAAGAUGGCCGUCAAUGGCGUCCACCACCACACCCCUGUCAUGAGGUGA